AGAUUUUCAUCUUCUAAAAAUUACGAUCUGCUAUCUUCCAAGAAAGGAUUAACAUCAACUGAUAAACAAAUUAAUAUCCGGUAUAUUGCUGAUCUUUAUUAAUCUCGCUCUCCUUCUCCGAUUUCUCCGUCUCGAACGUAAAGUUGUCCGGCAGAUGGGAUGUGAACUUUACAGUGUAUAACUAUAACCUCAAUUUUGCCUCGGGGAUUUCCUUGGAAGAAAUUGAGAAUUUCGUUUUCUAAACAAAAGAUGACGCUCUUUCAGUGAUGGUGGCGGAGGGUUUUCUAUUGAGGUCGAGGGAAGAGAAGAGUCUCCGUCCGUCUGAAAUUUGCGACGACCGUACGGGAAGGUGAUCAGCCGUUGGUUAAAAAUUAAGAAAGAAAUCAAAAUGGCAUUUUGGCAAUUCAAAGAGUACUCAAGCAUCAUACAAGUUGUUCUCAUCCUGCUCGGCACCGUGGCCGGAACAAUCAUCCUUGCCAUUGGAAUCACCAUGACGAUCAAGUACGCACCACAGACACAACAGCAGCCUCUCCUGCUUAAAAUCCUAUCUUUCUCCGCGUCCAAUCUCAACGUUUCUGACUCCUUAACCGCCUCGUCUUGGGAGACAACCUUGCUCUUCGCCAACCGAGACACCGUUCUGGAGAUAUUUAUGGAAAGCUUCGAAACGUUGCUGUACUACAAUCAUAGCCAUCCCAUCUCCUGCGCCGUUGUGAAGCCGAUACACCUGGGGCCGUGGCGGCAGAGGGUUGUGCAGGCGGAGUUUAACGGGACGCAGUGUGGGGAGGAGCAGCCUUUCGUUGACGAGAAGGUGUUUGAGGAGUUAAGGAGGGAUGAGGAGGAAGGAAAGGUGAGGUUUCGUAUGGGCAUGACGUUGAAGGUGUUGUAUCGGACGGGGAUUUUGUCGUGGGAUUAUGAGUUGAAACCCAAGUGUCCCGACUUGGAGGUGAAGCUUGUGGGUGCCACCGGGUCGGGUGAAGUCGCUCGUGGUCGGCGGCCUUGGAUCUGCUCGGUACCGUUGCUCAAGUAAUCGUGAAUAUCCUAGUAUUUCAUAAAAAAUUUUGUUAUUGGAACUUAAUUUCUUUUUUUUUUUAAUUAACUUAUUCUAGCAAUUUCUUUAUACUUUGUCUUGUGCAUAAUUUUUGGCUUUAUUGAUUGAUUAAUGGAUAUAAAAAUUGUGUUUUUAACUUAUUCUUUUACAGAUUAUGUUAAAUAAAAAAUUUCACCUUGA